AUGUCUCUCAAAGUUGACGGUUUCCCUUCUUCCGCCGCCUUCGACGUGAUCAACUCCAGCCUCCAGGGCGAUGAGGCCGAGCGCAAGGAUGCUGUCAAGGCCGCCCAGACUGUCGUCGCCUUCACCCUGAAGAACAGCAGCGGCAAGGAAGAGAGCUGGUACCUCGACCUCAAGGACAAGGGUGUUGUCGGCAAGGGUGCUGCUCCUCCUGGUGGAAAGGCCGAUGUUACUCUCCAGCUUUCCGACGCCGACUUCGGUUCCCUCGUCUCCGGUCAGGCCAAUGCGCAGAAGCUGUUCAUGGGAGGCAAGCUCAAGAUCAAGGGAAACAUCAUGAAGGCCACAAAGAUGGAGCCCGUCCUGAAGAAGGCCCAGGGCAAGGCCAAGCUAUAG